CUCUUUAGCCUGCCUGCCGGGGGCACCGCGAGUCAGUUGGGGGAGAAAUAGGCAAGCGCGGACUGAGCGGAGCCCGGGCAGCUCGGCGCGCCCGGAGAGGCGAGGGGCGCCGGCGCGCAGUGGGAGCUCUCCCUUGCCUGAGCAACAGCAGCAGCAGCAGGGUGUAGGGAAGUGCUGGAAGAGCUAAGUGCAUGGUCACAGCCACGGCCACGGCCGGCGCCUCUGCCACUGCUAGAAUCCCGAGCGGAGGAACCAAGGGAACUGCAGGAGUAGCCGCUGGAGCCAGCCGCAAGGAGGCUUUUGGCACCUCGAGUGCCUCCACCCAACUGCCCCCGAAAGAAGAGGAAAGAAGCGAUCUGGGGGCUCUGGGGGCAGGGGGGGAGGUCUGAGGACCCUCCCUACCCCUUGCCCCUGGAGUCGUCGUAGUUCCUGACUCCUGAAAUUGUUUGCACUUUUCUCUUUACCUUCUUUUUCUCUGUCUUUAAAACAACACACCCCCACGCUCCCCGUUUCAAAUCCUUCCCGUCUCCCCACGCACGGGGCAGCCUUUGGUGGGCCCAACCCGGAGUCAGCAAAAUGGGGCGAGUUGGAACUUGGCUGGCGACUUUAGCUGGACUUUUGCUAACUGCUGGUGGAGAGACAUUCUCAGGUGGUUGCUCAUUUGAUGAGCCAUUUACCACGUGUGGAUACAGCCAAGGAAAGGAUGAUGAUUUUGAUUGGGAAUGGGUGAACACCUUGACAAAGCCUUCUGAUCCAUGGAUGCCAUCAGGCUCUUUCAUGUUGGUUAAUACAUCUGGGAGACCAGAAUUACAAAGGACCCAUCUUCUCUUACCCCAGCUUAAAGAAAAUGACACCCAUUGCAUUGACUUUCACUACUUUGUAUCCAGCAAGAGUCAUUCCCUUCCUGGGCUACUGAAUGUUUAUGUAAAAGUUAAUAAUGGUCCUUUGGGGAACCCAAUCUGGAACAUAUCUGGAGCUCCGACUGGCACCUGGAAUAGAGCAGAACUGGCAAUUAGUACCUUCUGGCCCAACUUUUAUCAGGUAAUUUUUGAAGUGGUAACUUCAGGACAUUAUGGCUACCUAGCUAUUGACGAAGUGAAGGUGUUAGGACAUCCAUGUACCAAAACGCCACACUUCCUGAGAAUCCAGAAUGUGGAAGUCAAUGCCGGACAGUUUGCAACUUUUCAGUGCAGUGCCAUUGGUAGAACGGUUGCUGGAGACAGGCUCUGGCUACAGGGCAUUGAUGUAAGGGAUGCACCUCUGAAAGAUAUCAAAGUGACUAGUCCACGGAGAUUUAUAGCCUCAUUCAGCGUUGUAAAUACAACCAAACAAGAUGCUGGGAACUAUCGUUGUAUGAUACGUACUGAAGGAGGUGUUGGAAUAUCAAACUAUGCAGAAUUGGUAGUUAAAGAACCACCUGUUCCCAUUGCUCCACCCCAGCUUGCCUCUGUGGGAGCAACUUACUUGUGGAUACAACUAAAUGCCAACUCCAUCAAUGGGGAUGGACCCAUUAUCGGUCGAGAGGUGGAAUACUGCACAGCAAGUGGAAGCUGGAAUGACAGGCAGCCAGUAGAUUCAACAAGUUAUAAAAUUGGGCAUCUGGAUCCUGACACUGAAUAUGAGAUUAGUGUUUUGCUUACCAGACCAGGGGAAGGAGGAACUGGAUCCCCUGGACCAGCUCUAAGAACAAGGACUAAGUGUGCUGAUCCCAUGCGUGGACCCAGAAAACUCGAAGUAGUAGAGAUCAAAUCCCGGCAAAUCACAAUCCGUUGGGAACCAUUUGGCUACAAUGUCACUCGCUGCCAUAGUUAUAACCUCACUGUCCAUUACUGUUACCAAGUGGGAGGACAGGAGCAAGUUCGAGAAGAAGUAAGCUGGGACACAGAUAAUUCACAUCCCCAGCACACAAUCACUAACCUGUCUCCAUACACCAAUGUCAGUGUGAAACUCAUCCUCAUGAAUCCAGAGGGACGAAAAGAAAGCCAGGAGCUUAUUGUACAGACAGAUGAAGACCUUCCAAGUUCUGUUCCCAUUGAAUCUAUCCAAGGAAGUACUUUCGAGGAGAAGAUAUUUCUUCAGUGGAGAGAGCCAGCUCAGACAUAUGGUGUGAUCACAUUCUAUGAGAUCACCUAUAAGGCAGUCAGUUCCUUUGACCCAGAAAUAGAUUUAUCCAAUCAAAGUGGAAGAGUUUCAAAGCUGGGAAAUGAAACUCAUUUCCUUUUUUUUGGACUGUAUCCGGGCACCACAUACUCCUUUACUAUCCGAGCAAGCACAGCCAAGGGCUUUGGACCUCCAGCAACAAAUCAAUUUACCACAAAAAUAUCAGCACCCUCAAUGCCAGCAUAUGAACUGGAGACACCUUUGAAUCAAACUGAUAAUACUGUGACAGUUUUGCUGAAGCCCGCCCAGAGCCGAGGUGCUCCCGUCAGUGUAUACCAAAUAGUGGUUGAAGAAGAAAGCCCUCGUAGAACUAAAAAGACGACGGAAAUAUUGAAAUGCUACCCCGUGCCUAUUCACUUCCAGAAUGCUUCAAUACUCAACUCUCCAUAUUAUUUUGCUGCUGAGUUUCCAGCAAACAGUCUGCAGGCUGCUCAGCCCUUUACUAUUGGAGACAACAGAACUUACAAUGGCUACUGGAACACUCCUCUUCUCCCCCAUAAAAGCUACAGAAUUUAUUUUCAAGCUGCUAGCAGAGCUAACGGGGAAACCAAGAUUGAUUGCGUCAGGGUGGCCACCAAAGGAGCUGCCACUCCAAAACCAGCCCCAGAGCCAGAAAAACAAACCGACCACACGGUUAAGAUCGCUGGAGUCAUUGCGGGCAUUUUGCUGUUCGUUAUUAUAUUUCUGGGUGUUGUACUGGUAAUGAAGAAAAGGAAACUGGCUAAGAAACGAAAGGAGACAAUGAGCAGCACUCGACAGGAGAUGACAGUGAUGGUGAAUUCAAUGGAUAAGAGCUAUGCUGAGCAAGGAACCAACUGUGAUGAGGCUUUCUCUUUCAUGGACACACACAAUUUGAAUGGCAGAUCUGUAUCUUCACCAUCAUCUUUUACAAUGAAAACUAAUACACUGAGCACCACAGUGCCUAAUUCCUAUUACCCAGAUCCAUUUGUGCCAACUGCAAUUUUAGUGCCAAUAAAUGAUGAAACCCAUACAAUGGCCAGUGACACAAGCAGCUUGGUCCAGUCCCACACUUACAAGAAGCGAGAGAACGCAGAUGUGCCCUACCAGACAGGACAGCUUCAUCCAGCCAUCCGAGUGGCAGACUUAUUACAGCACAUCACCCAAAUGAAAUGUGCAGAAGGUUAUGGCUUCAAGGAAGAGUAUGAGAGUUUCUUUGAAGGGCAGUCUGCACCAUGGGACUCAGCUAAGAAAGAUGAGAACAGAAUGAAGAACAGAUAUGGGAAUAUCAUUGCCUAUGAUCAUUCUCGAGUAAGGCUGCAGACAUUAGAAGGAGAUACAAAUUCGGACUACAUUAAUGGAAAUUAUAUCGAUGUAUAUUUAUAUCUUGUUGGUUAUCACCGACCCAAUCACUAUAUUGCCACACAAGGACCAAUGCAAGAAACAAUAUAUGAUUUCUGGAGAAUGGUGUGGCAUGAAAACACAGCCAGCAUAAUCAUGGUGACCAACCUUGUGGAAGUGGGGAGGGUCAAAUGCUGCAAAUACUGGCCAGAUGAUACGGAGAUAUAUAAAGACAUUAAAGUUACCCUAAUAGAAACAGAGCUUCUGGCAGAAUAUGUCAUUCGAACAUUUGCAGUGGAAAAGAGAGGAGUUCAUGAAAUCCGAGAGAUUAGACAGUUUCACUUCACAGGAUGGCCAGAUCAUGGGGUGCCAUACCAUGCAACAGGAUUGCUUGGGUUUGUCCGGCAGGUCAAGUCCAAGAGUCCUCCUAAUGCAGGCCCAUUGGUCGUCCAUUGCAGCGCUGGUGCUGGAAGGACUGGUUGUUUCAUUGUCAUUGACAUCAUGCUAGACAUGGCAGAAAGAGAAGGUGUAGUAGACAUUUAUAACUGUGUCAGAGAGUUACGGUCUCGGAGAGUCAACAUGGUGCAAACAGAGGAGCAGUAUGUAUUUAUCCAUGAUGCCAUCCUGGAAGCCUGUCUAUGUGGAGAUACAUCUGUUCCAGCUUCCCAGGUUAGGUCUUUAUACUAUGACAUGAAUAAGCUGGAUCCUCAGACAAACUCAAGCCAAAUAAAGGAAGAAUUCCGGACUCUAAACAUGGUGACUCCAACUCUGCGAGUGGAAGACUGCAGUAUAGCACUUCUACCCCGAAAUCAUGAAAAAAACCGAUGUAUGGAUAUCCUGCCCCCAGACCGGUGCCUGCCUUUCCUUAUCACAAUUGAUGGAGAGAGCAGCAACUACAUCAAUGCAGCUCUGAUGGAUAGCUAUAAACAGCCUUCAGCUUUUAUAGUCACCCAGCAUCCUUUGCCAAACACAGUCAAAGACUUCUGGAGACUGGUCUUGGACUAUCACUGUACGUCCGUAGUCAUGCUAAAUGACGUGGAUCCAGCCCAGCUAUGUCCCCAGUACUGGCCAGAAAAUGGAGUACACAGACACGGCCCCAUCCAAGUAGAAUUUGUCUCUGCCGAUUUAGAAGAGGAUAUCAUCAGUCGAAUAUUCCGAAUUUAUAAUGCAUCCAGGCCCCAAGACGGAUACCGGAUGGUACAACAGUUCCAGUUCUUGGGCUGGCCAAUGUACAGAGAUACACCGGUGUCCAAACGCUCCUUCUUGAAGCUCAUACGCCAGGUGGAAAAGUGGCAAGAAGAAUAUAAUGGUGGUGAAGGACGGACAGUUGUGCAUUGUUUGAAUGGAGGUGGCCGCAGUGGGACUUUUUGUGCAAUCAGCAUUGUUUGUGAAAUGCUCCGGCACCGGAGGGCAGUUGACGUCUUCCAUGCUGUGAAGACACUGAGGAACAAUAAGCCCAACAUGGUGGACCUUCUGGACCAGUACAAGUUCUGCUAUGAAGUGGCUUUGGAAUACUUGAAUUCUGGCUGAUGGUGAAAGCUGCCCCGCAGACCUUUGUGCCCACCCGGGAACCACGAUACCCUGCGAUGUUUGUGUAUAUGAGAUGAAGACUUCUCAACAUCAUGCUUAUCUUGCUUUGUAUAAUUGGCUCUU